GUAACUAAAUAGAAAAUUUAAAUUUGACCUCUAAAAUAAAUAGGUAUAUUCUAUUAUCACCUGUAUAUCACAAAGUUAUUUACUAAAAAUCUCUGUAAUUCAAAAAACCAUAACACGCAGUGAAUACUCCGUUUUUGAGGAACGAUUUACGAGUUUCUAAAUGUGAGAAAUACUCGUAAUUACCUGAUACUGAUUGCAAGCGAUGGUGUUUCUAAUAUGAAAACCUUUUUACCAUAAUUCCCAAUUAAGACGAGAAGGUAAACUACCAUUUAAUCAGUCCAUUUUCUAUUACCAGCAAUAAAGCUUAUCAUUAAUUCGAUUAACGACUUCAAACCACACACGCCAUUUCUUUCUAUAGUACAUUCCUAGAAUGGUUAUUUUAUCGCUUAUCAUUUUCCCAUUCCUUGCCUCACUAAGCAGCAGUGACAAACAAACUUUAAUUAUUGGAGGGAAAAAUGUGACGGACAUAGGACAAUUCCCACACGCUCUCUUCAUUCUUUUUACUUGCCCUGGCGAAACUGGCACGUGGGUGUGUGGCGGGUCCAUCUUGACUCAGAAUAUAUUUUUGACGGCUGCGCACUGUAUUAAUAUGCAGUGCAAUAUGAAAAUAGAGGCGGUUGCGGGUAGUGAAAAUGUUGAAAAGGAAAAGAGCAUAAUACGAAUCAUAGACAAAUACCAUAGACACAAAUAUUUCGAUGAACACGGAUCAUCAUUACGUAACGACAUCGCACUGUUGGCUGUAAAAGUGCCUCUGCCGCUAGGAAGGAACGUGAAACGAGUCGUGUUGGACAGAGAUUUUCCAAAAAAUACAAUUAUGGUCGCGGUUGCUGGAUGGGGAAGAUUUACCGAGACUAAUACCGAGUUAUCAAAAAACCUUAAGUAUGUAUGGCAGUUUCUCAAGCCCGAAAGAUAUUGCCUAAGUCGUUUAGGGGAACCUUUGUGGUCUGGUCAGAUGUGUGCAUCGAAUGACGUCAAAAAUUAUCCAACUAUCCACGACUCCGGCUGCGCGUUGGUCACCAAGUCCGGACACCAACUCGGCCUGGUGUCCUACAGGAUACCCACAGUUCCAGAAGUCGUUGUAUACACAAACGUCUCCCAUUUCCUUCCAUGGAUAAGGAAGCAUGCACGCAAGUUGUUCUGUGAAGUGUCCAAAUUGCCAGUAGAUAAAAAUGAAGAUGAUUACUACGGGGAAGAUCCGAAUGAAGAACCAGACAAGAAUGCUUUAAUGCAUGAACUAGAUAGGCCAGAUGAGUAGAAAGACGGUUUUUUGCAAUGAAGUACACAAAAAAUAACCUGAUAUUUUUUUUAUAUAAACGCAAACUUAAACUAGACGUAGGCUGUAGUAAUUCUAAAAGUUUUUUUAUUUAGUCUUAACUACCAGAGCAUAAUGAAUUUAGAUUUUUUUCGAGUGGCAAUGUUUUUAUACGUCAUCAAAUGCAACGUUUUCAGGUAAAACAAAGUAGUGGUACAUUGCGUGCUGAAUUAUUUUAUAUGUAAAAAUAAAAGUCGUCCAUUUUUUAUAAAACCUAUGAGAUUAUGUUCAUUAAAGCCUAAUCUAACGUCGUAUCAAAAAUACACGCUGUAUAAUUACCAUAUUAAUUACCACUACGUUGAUGCUCACGUUGUAAAUGAUUUGUUAAAGAAAAGUGUGUGCACUUUUAGGCCCGGAUAAUGGCAAUGUUACUACUGUCACCUCCAGAGUGUCAGCGUCGAAUUUUCACUAUGUGACGUCACACUGUGGAACGACGCCAUUAGGGUU